AUGGCACCGAGGAGCGUGCCCGGACACUGGCUGAACCUCUAUUGCAGCCGGACUGAGCCGAAUGCAAACGGGUCCCGGCAAGCGGCGGAGAGACGGCACAGCGUGGAGGACACGGCAGCCGAGUGCGAGAGGCUGGGAGCCAGCGUUCAAGCCUUCGUGGUGGACUGCAGCAAACGGGAGGAGAUCUACAGCGCUGCAGAGAAGGUGAAAAAGGAAAUUGGGGAUGUCUCUAUCCUGGUGAAUAACGCCGGUGUGAUCACAGCUGCCGACCUGCUCUCGACCCAGGACCACCAGAUUGAGAGGAUGUUUGAGGUCAACAUUCUUGCUCACAUGUGGACCACCAGAGCUUUCCUGCCCAGCAUGAUGAAGAACAACCACGGGCACAUAGUCACGGUGGCUUCGGCAGCGGGUCAUUUUGUGACCUCUUUCAUGGUGGCUUAUUG